AUGCUGGAUGAGAUAGUGGGAAGCAUUCUACUUCCCCGAGGUAUAAACGAUGAUGCCGCCCGCGGACAACGAGCAUUGGUGGUGACAGCCGUGCUGACCGGUUUUUCAAUCCUCAUUGUCGCUAUGCGAAUGUACGCGCGAGUUGGAUUGAUGAAAUUGAUUGGUCGCGAAGACUAUAUGAUUCUUAUCUCUUUGGUGUUAGCAUGUACGUAUCUAGGCCUGGUCGCUGCAGAGGUACAUUUCGGCCUUGGAAAACACUCCGCCGACCUUUCCACACAUGUCCUGAAAGCACAGUUAAAGCGACUCUGGGCUGCCAUUCCCUUCUAUAACGCCAGCUUGAUCUUUACGAAAUUCUCCAUUCUCUUUCAAUAUCUUCGGAUCUUCCCCGACCGCCGCUUCCGCCUUGCCUGCUACGUCGCGUUGGGCAUUGUCGCUACCUACGGAACAUGGGCAGUUAUCAGUGGUUUCCUGAACUGUGUCCCAGUGGCUAAAUUCUGGAAUAGCGACGUCCCCGGCUAUUGUCUCAACUUCGAAGCAGUGUGGUUUUUCAACGCAUCCAUGAACAUUGCCACAGACACAACCCUGUUGAUCAUGCCGAUGCCUCUUUUGUCACAAUUGCAACUUCCGCGCAUGCAAAAAUUGGCCCUUAUGGGUGUCUUCGCAAUUGGUGGAUUGGUCGUGAUCACCAGCAUCCUCCGUUUAUCAAGUCUAAGAAGCGUAGCUCAAAGCAAAGACACAUCCUACAGCAACGUCGGAGCCGCCUACUGGACCGCCGCAGAAUGCAAUGUCGCUAUCAUCUGCGCCUGUCUACCAUUCCUCCGCCCACUCGUCAGUCGCAUCUUCCCUCGCUUCCUCUCAACCAACAGCUACACUCGCAAUCCAACCAUGUCAGCGAGCCGCAUGACCGCUGCCCGAAUGACCGCACGCUCGCAUCGGCAAAAGGUCGAGCUCUAUUCCCAGGAUCGGGACUACGGCAUGUACACCAUCGACGUCAAGUCCGGUGAAGCAAACCAUGAUGGCACAUUAGCCGGGAUCGAAGUCACGACGACAACCAUGAUCCAAGAGUCGUCGAGAAACUGCAAGUCGACCAGUCAACGGCGAUUGGUGGUAGAUGAUUAA